AUGAUGGCCGCGCUCUCCUGCUACCAGCCCUGUCGCUCGCACCUCGCGCAGCCUGCUAGGUGCCUGGACGACGACGACGACCCGUCAGCAGCGACUCUAUCAGUGCGCAGACGACAGUUCAUAGAGAGAUGUCACGAAGCACGGACGGGACGACAUCGGGACCUCAUACCUGAGGUCUCCGUGAAGAGGACCAGGGAGGAGUUGGCCAAGCAUGCGGCACAAAACGCGCAACUGACGAGACGACUGAAUGUCGAGUCUGGAUGGUCGAAGGUGGAAGAGGUCCGGAAAAAGUUUGAGGGUGCUGCGACUACUUCUUAUUCGAGAUCGUUUGAAUCUCCGCCUAGGCGUCGUCUAGCAGAUUCUCUGUUCGCCUCGUUCAAGCUCCCGCGCAAGAAGGACAUGGCGGCGUCGCGGUCGCUCGCCCAGCCGCAGCAGAAACGGAAGUCUGCGGUGGAACUGUUGGCGGAGACCAAAGCGUUUUAUGUUAAAUCUGAAACUGUGUUGGAUAGAAAGCAGGAGUUACCUUUGAGGGUAAGCAGCGGCCUUAGUCAAGCGAUAGCUGCUGGUGGCUGUCACCUCGUCAGCUCGGGCACCCUCAACAAUGAAUGCUGUAACCCUUAUGCAACUACUAGAAUAGCGAGUACUCGUCGCGCGGUCAGCGCCGGUGAGGGCCUUCAGAAUACUCUGAGACGACUUCUGGAACAUUCCGAUAGUCGGGAAAAUGUCUACUCGCCGGCUUAUGUCUCCCAAAAAAUGUUUUCCGAAUCACGUCGUCUCAAAGACUCUUAUCCGGAAAGGGACCCCCGUUCCGGACAUACUUCUGGAACAUUCUCCGGAACUUCAUCCUCUGGUUCCGGAUCUAAGAAGGAAGAUAAGAACAGACCUCUAAGUUUUGGUGACGCGAGAGUCUUCUUUCCGGAAUCCUUUGUGAUCCCAAGACAGAGACCAAGUGAAUGUAUCAUCAAAAGCGCUUAUUCUAUACCCAGCCCUCAGUCGAGCCCGCACGACGAGCAGCCGCGCACGGACGCACUCGGCGCCAUCAGCCCGCCGGCCGAGUACGCGCACUCUGCUCCCAGAUACGUACGAUCCAACUCGCACUCGCAGCCGUGCGCGCGCGAGGACGACGGCACCAACAUCAACAGCCACAAGUCGCUGCCGGACCUGCACGCGCAGGCGCACGGGUAUCCGGAACAUGUGAAUGUAGUAGUGGGCACGGAGUCCAUCGGGCGGUCGCCGCGCCGCCGCCGACACUCCGCACACCAUCGUACUGCGUCUUGCUCUUCUAAAGGAACUAGAUCGAAUCAUUCAUCUUUGAUGUCGUCAUGUGACGCGUUCUCCGAACACCCGUCCCCUGGGGAAGAGAAUUACCAAUCGUACAACAGCCGCUGCGGGUCGUCGUUCGCGCGCGACUCGGGCGGCUCCAGCGGCCACUACACGCAGCGCAGCGCGCCGCCGCACGCGCGCGACCCCGCGCAGCACGACCGCAGAUGCUACACGUGGCAGAGCGGCGCCCCGCUGGAGCAGUGCUACGUGUCGGCGCCGCCGCAGUUCCAGGACGGCGCGCCGUCGCCGCCCGCGCCCUACGCGCCGCUGCCCCACCCCCACACCCACCCCCACUCCCAGCACCAUCCGCGGGUUGGGAUUCACUUUCAGGCGAGCGCCCCUCCACCCCAGUUCCAGGACGAGCCAUCGCUGUACGACUACGCGGACUACGACUGCACGUACAAAACGCCAUUGAAAUGCCUAUCCGUUGGUAGGAAGGACUAUCCCAGAGAGUACUCCAGGUACCACGAGCCCAGCACGGAGCUGGUGAGCAAGCAGCCGCAGUACCAGGAGCCGCGGCCGCGCGACAAGCAGGAGUAUGUCAACACGGCACAGAUCUGUACCCCAGAGGAAGUGACGUCACCGCUGGGCACUUUCAAACGGCAGAGAUGCCUCCGAUACAAGCAGCGCCGGCCGCGGCCGAUACUGCGGUCUAAAUCUGACAUAUCUGACAGAUACAGACGAACAGACGGACGGAGCCCCGCCUCAGCCCCCUGCGAAGGCGAAGACUCCCCCGACUCGCCCUCCGGGGACUCCGCCCGGCUGCAGCACUUCUUCGAUUACCUCGGCAUGGACGUGCGCCAAUACGACGCGGUCAUACGAGAUGGAGAUGAAGAUAGCCCUGUGUUCUUCUCUUCAGCAUCCACUGUGGACUCCAAUCAGUUGGCCACUGCAGCUGAUUAUACGGUCCAAGGCCCCGGGAUACAGAAGCCGAUCUACCGCAACACAGAACCCCCCAGCGUGGUAGAACGCAAUGCGAGAAUUAUAAAAUGGCUGUGUCAAUGUCGUAAAGCUCAAUUGCAACCGUCUCAA